GACGCAGCUCUCGCCGUGCUGCUGGGAAUGACGACACCGCCGCAGCAAACGACGUUCAGUGUUUAUGGCGCGUUAUUCAAGGUGGACGUGCGGUAUCAAUUCAUCGCCGCCUUAGGUCGUGGAUCGUAUGGCAUCGUGUGUUCUGCGCGAGAUCUGGUGACUGGGGAAAAGGUGGCCAUCAAACGAGUGUCCCCCAUGGCCCGUAAGCAGAACGAUGCCAAACAUACGCUGCGAGAGAUCUGCCUCAUGCAAUCCCUGGGAGCCCAUCCAAACGUUGUGGGGGUCAAGAACAUGUCUGUCAACGUUGCGGACGACGAGCUGUACAUUGUUAUGGACUUUAUGGAUACUGACAUGCACCGAGUCAUUCAAAGCAGCCAGCCGCUGUCCGAGUCGCACUACAAGUUUUUCUUGCACCAAAUCCUGCGAGGCGUAAAGCACCUCCAUGACAAUGGCGUGCUCCAUCGCGACCUUAAGCCGGGCAACAUCCUCGUCACCAAGAACUGUCAAGUCAAAAUCGCAGAUUUUGGACUUGCGCGCAGCGUGCCCAAGCGGACAAUAUCCAAACCCCGACCAGCAUCUGCCGGUCCAACGAAGAAAGACACGGCUGACUCCGACUGGCAACCCAUGACCGAGCACGUGGUCACGCGGUGGUAUCGCGCCCCCGAGCUCAUGCUGCAGCCGGACGGUCAGUACAACACCGGCGUCGACAUGUGGUCUGUGGGAUGCAUCUUUGCAGAGAUUCUCGGCCGCAAAGCAUUCUUUCCCGGGAAAAACUUCAUCCACCAACUCACAUUGAUUUUUGACGUCAUUGGCACGCCAUGCACAAACGACGUGAAGAAAAUGAAGAGCACGCAGGCCCAGCGGUUCAUCAAGAGCUUGGGGAAGAAGGCCAAGGUGCCGUUCCGCACGCUCUUUCCAACGGCAAGUCCUGAUGCGAUCGACCUCCUCGACAAGCUCCUCCAGUUUGACCCCACCGCACGGUGCACGGUCGACGAAGCGCUCGCCCACCCGUACAUGCAAGGCAUCGACAAGCGAUACGCAUACAAAGACAUUUCGGUGCCGGCAGGACGACUGCAGAUGCCGUUUGAAUCCCAAAACGUGUCAAGAAAUGAUCUUGUCAAGCUGAUUCAACAAGAAGUUAACGCAUUUCAUGCCAACAGCGUCGCCCCGAUGCCGACCCCGACUGCAGCCUCAGCUGCCCCCAGUGACUCGAUUGCACCCCACGCUACAGCAUCGACCGUGCUUGAACAAACCCCCGCUGGGCUACGAACCAUUCACGCCUUGUCAAGGCAAUGCACUGCCCAAGACACGAGGGCGAAAGAGACUGGGCGCGUCACAUGUCAGAAUGUCGACCUCGUCAAAUCCAUGUUGGGAGCCACACGGUCGACUCCAACAUCUUUCAACAACGACGUUGCCACCUUUGCGCACCCACCACCACCACCCAAUACACCACCGCCCAGAGAGACCCAAUCUGGUCAUGCAAACCUCCCCCUGACCACUCAAAACAGCGACCCCCCAAUGAACGCCACGUUGACGUCCCAACGCGACUCUGUGCAAGUCAUGGGCCUCACGUCCCUCCUCCCCCGAACACGACCCACCAGUGCCGCCCGCGCCCGCCCCAUUCCUCCAGCCACACAACCUUCCGUAUUAGCCUCGCAUGUGCAGCCCUCCGCGGCUGCUUCGGUUGCUACGGCGACCACCUCGUCUUCAUCUUUGACUCGACCGACCAGCGCAGCGCGUACCCGUCCACCUGUUGUGAUCCCCACACAUGCCGCAGCGGACGAUCAGCCAGCCCAGUCGUCGUCGUCAUCGUCGUCGGACGACGAUCAUAGUUACGCUCCACGCCCCACAGGGGCAGCAGCCCCUCGAGCCCCCCUCGCAGCCACGUCGAACACCCCUUCCAUGCGGCCAAAGUCGGCCCCAGGACGAACAGCACUCCAAAAACAAUCGGCACCGUGUGUUGGAUCGACCGCUUCGCUCAUUCGAUCGACUCAGAGGCACAGAAAGCCGUCGCGCAACAUCACGGGUGCACUCCCCGAUGGACACGCCAACCAACUGCCGGAAGGACAGCAAGACAACGACAUCGAGCCUGCGAAGCGAGGAAAGAAGCUCACAGUGCCUGUGAGCCCCAAGUUUUCCGUGAUGUCGUGGCAGAAAGCUCGCCCCGCCACCGCCAAACACCUGUCAGGAGGCAAGACUACCGCCCCGCGAGGGGUGAAAAAGCGAUAGUAACGAGAUGGGUCAGCUUCUUUGUUCUCGUGCUUGACGCACAUAGUCGUCGAUAUACAGGAUGAAAACGCUCGAGCUAUUGAUGUGGUUCCAUCGUGACUUGCGACGGAGUAGGCGGCGGGGACGCGGCGGUAUUGGCUGCUGCUUCGGCCUGCCAUUUCUCAAAGUCGGCGCGCGGGAGGGCGAAUGAUGCGUCACCGGACGCCGCGCGAAGCGUUUGCUCGAGCGUGACGGCCGCCACGUUGUCUGUGACGUUCGCCAUGGUGGCCGCGAACAAGGAACUGUCGUCCUCAUCCAUGUCUCGAGGCGAACGGGGUACAUCGCGGGCAGCAGCCAACGCUUGGCGUGCGUCUUGAGUCUUUGCAACCGAUGCUGCCGCCGCGACCCAAUCGGUUGGUGGAAGUUGGUCGUCAUCUUCUUGAGCAUUCACUGCCGCGUGCGGACGAUGGAUCUUGUAGACCAUGGCGGCUUCGGCCUCGGCGGCUUCCUCGUCCUCGUCACUGCCUUCUUCAUCACUCAGAGCGGGCAAGUCGAGACGGUUCCGUCGGUCGUCCACCUCUGCUUGGCACGAGGCAAGGUAUGCAUCCUAGUGACAUAAUAAACGGGCGUGGACAAGUGGGCGGCGCAAUGUACCUGGGCCGCGACCACUUCGUCGGACGAUUCGCAUGCUGCAUAGGCAUCCAACACGUCGGCGUUGAUCUUGAGGAACUCCAUGCCCCAUGGAAACUCGUCCAUCAGCUGCACUGCUUCGUCCUACACGUGCCGUUGUAAGAAGAAUGGGUGAAAUGGAAGGACGACGAACCGCCAAGCCAACAAUGUAUAAUGUCGCCGCGAUGGCUUCCACGCACGACAGUUUGUGCGGCUUGCCGUAGUUGACAGUGUUCGCAGCGACGAGGAAAGGAAGCAAGCGAUGCGUCCCCGAGUUGAUCUGCUUAAUGCCCAUUUCUUGAAUUCGCGCCCAUGAACAGUCGAUCACGGAGAUUCCAACCGACUCGACAAUGCCCAAAUCUUCGCGGGAUACAAGCUUCGUACCAUGCGGCGACAACACGAUGCCCCGGAAAUGCGCGCCGGGCUUCAUGCUCGUAACAUAUCCAAGACGACACAACUUGCGCCCCGUGCAGCGCUUGGAAUCGCAUUGCUGGAAGUCCCACAUGCGCAAUGCAAUUGGGAACGAUCUGCGCUUGAAGGACAGAUUCGAUUCGCCUUCGCCCUGUGUUUCCUCGCGAGGCGCUCCGCGGCGGCGAUCUUCGCGCUUUGGUUUGAUACUACCGGCGCCGCCUUUGCUCUUGCCGCCACUUCGGGAGCCGGCUCCUCCGUCGCGCUUGUUCGCCUUCUUCCCGCGGCUUUCCAUUAUCACAAUGGGACUCCAAUGAG